GAGUGAAGCAAAUGACCAGAAUGGCAGCUCAUCUGCUGCCUUGUUUGAGUUGCUGCAGAGUGAUGUCUACUUUGUGGAAAAGACUUCAGAGUUGGAAUCACCCAAAGACUCAGUCAUGACAGUUGGGCGUGCGAAUUACGUCCGGACCUUCCUUGUUGAGUGCCAGCCUUCUGUCGAGAAGGUGAAAGCCUUGAUGGAGCACCAUACCAAUGGAAUCAAGAUGCUGUGUUGCAUCGCCCAAGCUGUCUUGAGUAACGUUGAGUCUUGGAAAUCUGGGAUCAAAGCUGCAAAGAAAGCCAAGGAGGAUGAACGCAAAGCCAAGGAAAAAGAGCGUGAGCGGCAAGCGAAGCGAAGAGCCAUGGAAGAGCAAAAGCUUGCAAAGAAACAAAAGCAGCAGGAAGAUAAAGCUAGACUUGCUGCGGAAAAGGCAGCUAAAGCAGCUGCUGAAGGUCAAGAUGGUACAGAUGCAGAUGGACGCAGG